AUGGGAAAACGUACGAGUACAAAAAGAUUGUCUCCAAUGUCUGAUUCAGCUUCAAGAGCAAUUGAUCUAAAAGCUCGAAAACGUAUUGAAGAGUUGUAUGAAUUAACUGAUGAAAUAAUUAAUGCUUAUAACGAAGUAAAUGAAACAUAUGUUAAUAAGGUUUAUCGAAAAUAUAAACAAUUACAAGAAGUGAAUAAAAAAUUAAAACAACAACUUAGCCAUCAUCAUUGUCCAGGUUGUAAAUGUACCAUUCCAUCCACCGAAGAGUUACAAGAACAGGAAGAAGAUGAUGAAAGUGAGAGCUCUAUGAUAGAUGAACAAGAUCGAGAAUACAAACUAAGAGAAAAAUCUUCUGCAUCAUCUCCAACAACACAUUCCAUAAUAACACGAAGCAGAAACAAAAAUCCUUUUGUCAUAUCCGACAUCGAAGAUACACAAGUUUUGGAUCCUAAUGAUAGUCGACUUACUAGAAAAACUCGUAGUAAUAGUAAUGACAAUAAUGAUAGUAAUGCAAGUGAUAAUGAUGGUGAUAAUGCAGAUGACGUAUCUAUGGCUACAAAUCAAAAUGAAAAUGAAACAACAAAAGAUGAUAAUCAAUCCGAAAAUGAAGUUGAAGAAGAAGCUGAUCAGAAUAAUAAUGAAAAUGAAAAUCAAGAUGAAAAUGACAAUCAAGACGAAAAUGAAAAUCAAGACGAAAAUGAAAAUCAAGACGAAAAUGAAAAUGAAAAUGAAAAUGGUAACGAAAACGACAAUGAAAAUGAAAAUCAAGACAAAGAUGAUGGCAUGGCUCAUUUACCAUUAACUUUACAAGAUAUUAUACGAAAAAAAGCAAAGAAAAAUAAGAAUGCAAAAUCUUAUUUACUUCAAAUUCCUCGCUAUCCAGCAUUGUGUGAAUUUCUUCGUGAUAAAUCUCGUACAUCGUUUGAUCAUCGUCCGAGUGAAAAUCAAGUUCGUCCACUUAUUGCCAAUCAUUUAAGUCAACAUUUAGCUAAUGAUGCCAAAAUCCGUAUGCGUCUACGUGAUGAACUGCGUGAAAUACAUCGAUCAUACAUGAGAACAUUCAUGGAUGAUCCACAUGCUACUGGUGCUAAACUAUCUUUCCAUCGACAUAAACGACUUAAACUGAAAAGAAGUCCUAUAUAA